AGGCGCACUCGGUUCUUCGUCCCACUGUCGUUGUCGUCGUCGUCGUCGUCGUCGUCGUCGUCGUCGUGGUCGUGAUCGUGGUCGUGGUCGUCGUCGCCGUCGUCGUCGACGAAAGACCGUGGUGUACGACAAAAUAGGAUUUUCGCCCUUUCGCCCAUUUAUCGCAAUCGUCGCCGUCGCGGACGACGCAGCGCGACACGAUGCGCUUGUAAUGUUCAAGUACGAGAGAUAAAUCCGGUCCGCAAAAUUGCAUCCGUAUCCAUUGACCGCGAUACGCGAUACGCGCGAAUCCGCAAGUAGUUACAGGCCGAGUCGAGGCCGCCGCCGUCGCCGCCGCCGCCGCCGACGAGUAACGCCCAGCGGAGGAAGCAGCUUGAGCUGAGAAGAGAGUGAAAGAAAGGGUGAUAAGGUGUAGAGAAUCGACGACAGCUUACGUGUCAAAAUGCCACCGACUAAAGACACAGAUGUCCCUAAAUUGGAAGAAACAUCAUCGAACGAAGGAAUCGAGCAGGAGCCCACGCAGGAGGCUUACGAUAAAACAACAUCGCCGGCGACAACUACAACCACAGAGAAGAUUGGAGAUGAAAUUAAUGAUGCCGUAAAUUCUUUCGCAGAAAAAACGGGAAUACCAACAUGGGGUGUUGUUGCUAUUUUAAUAGUCGUAGGCAUAAUUGUCCUCGGAAUUUGCUUUUGCUGUAUACGAAGAUGUUGUCGCAAACGACGCUCCAAAGAUGGCAAGAAGGGAUUGAAGGGCGCGGUGGAUCUAAAAUCCGUGCAACUUUUGGGGAGCACGUACAAAGACAAGGUCCAGCCGGAUAUGGAAGAAUUGACGAACAAUGUCGAAGAACCGGACGAAGCUGAGAGUAAGCAGAGCGAAGUUAAGCUUGGAAGACUACAGUAUAAGCUUGAAUACGACUUUAAUUCAAACAGCCUCUCCGUGACAGUAAUACAAGCGGAAGAAUUGCCGGCAUUGGACAUGGGUGGCACGUCAGAUCCAUAUGUAAAAGUGUAUUUAUUACCGGAUAAAAAGAAAAAGUUCGAAACAAAAGUUCACAGAAAGACAUUGAAUCCAGUUUUCAACGAAGCCUUUACGUUUAAGAGUGUUCCUUAUGCUGAUGCUAUGAAUAAAACUCUGGUCUUCGCCAUCUUCGACUUUGAUAGAUUUUCGAAACACGAUCAAAUUGGCGAAGUAAAAGUGCCACUUUGUCAAAUAGAUCUAGCGCAAACGAUUGAAGAAUGGAGAGAAUUACAGAGUGUUGAAGGUGAAGGUGGACAGGAUAAUAAACUGGGUGACAUAUGUUUCUCGUUGAGAUACGUACCAACGGCCGGAAAGCUUACGGUGGUCAUUCUGGAAGCUAAGAAUCUGAAGAAGAUGGACGUCGGUGGCCUCUCAGAUCCUUACGUUAAGAUUGCGUUGAUGCAAAAUGGAAAGAGAUUGAAGAAGAAGAAAACGUCGAUCAAGAAAUGCACUCUUAAUCCGUAUUACAACGAAUCAUUUACUUUCGAGGUGCCCUUCGAGCAGAUACAGAAAGUACAACUUGUUGUCACCGUAGUAGAUUACGAUCGCAUUGGCACAUCAGAACCGAUCGGAAAAGUGGUCUUGGGAUACAACGCGAGUGGAACGGAAUUGAGACAUUGGUCCGAUAUGUUAGCGUCCCCCAGGCGCCCGAUCGCUCAGUGGCACACAUUGAAAGACCCUGAGGAUGGAGAUAAGAAAGAUUAAAAACGUUGAUUUUCCAAUUAAGAUAUAUACGGAUAAUUGAUCAAGAAAAAAGAAAACGGAGAAGAAUAAGAAAGGAUAGAGAAAAACGAGAGGAGAAAGAAAAAAAAUCUAUAAGGGAAGAUAAAACAAAUCCAUAUUUAAUAGAUAUUAAUAACCUACGAUAAAAAUACCAAUACCAUGAAGAAUUUAACAUAAAAAAAAAAUAUGUUCCCACAUGGAGAGUGUAGUGUCUUGUAUAUAUACAUAUAUCUAAAAUACUUCUCUCUGUAGAUGUUGAAUGAUUUUAAUUAACGCGUCCUUUUUGAGAUAGAGUUAAAGACAACGUUAAAAUUUGACGCUUCAAGGAAAUAUCAUUAUUAUCUCUUAGAUAGGCUUCCAUCUUGAUUCGUUUAUUUGGUCACAAGUUUUCGUAAUAUACUUUCUAAAUACAUCGUUCAUGUUACGAAGAAGUAUACAUAUAUAUAUAUACAUUAUAUAUAACAGUUGUAUCGUCCGUAAAAAUAGCGGCAUAAUCUUCUUCCGAGGGAAGAAACAUAUAGCGACUAUGGUGCGAACGUUCACAGUUGUGUGUCUGCAUGCGAAAUAAUAAUGGAUAAUAACGUACCAUCCGGAUUCGCAAAACAUCCUAAAAUAUGGAUUGUAUUACCUAUCUACAAAUUGAGGGGCUCGAUAAAAAAAGAAAAAGAGACAAAACUGCAAAGUUACAAAAUAGCAAAUGGUACUUGUUGAAGAAACGAAGAUAUAAUUAUGAUUCGGAAAAACAUCUUUUACGCUUUAAAAAAAUAAUUUUAUAUAUAUGCUCGGUAUAUUUGAUUAAUGUAUUAUCGUCAUGUUUUUUUAGCUUCUCACGUUGUUUUUCCUUUUACCGAGUCCUUUAAUGAGAUAUCGAUGUAGCGCGUUGUUCAUAUCACUUUUUUUUGCUAUUUAUUUCUUCAUUUUGGAUUGUCUCAAAAAAGAAAAAGAAAAAAAAAUCGAGAGCGCGUCGCGCAACUCUCCCGUACACUCGAAAGGUCAAAGCGCGGUUUAAUAAACGUGCAUAAACGUAGUUUUAGGGACAGUGAACGUUUCCGUAUUGAUCUUCGGGUGCAACGGCGCGCGCGGUGUAUUUUCGUGCAACACGCGCGUAGCAAUGCUUGAAUCUGCGAUGUACCUUCGUGUACUAUAGUUAAGCACUCGGAUUAUGCACCAUUUGUACGGAAAAUUCACGAUGCAUUAGGAUGAAACGAAUAACGUGACCACGCGAGAAAAAUUAAUCGCUUGAUUUAAGUAUAUCAGACACUGACUCGGAGCACUUAGAUCCAGUUACUCGCGGAAAUGACUUCCUACAACUAAAUAAAUACACGAAUUUGUAAUUUGGCGAUAUUUUACAUGUAGUAAGUACGUACAGUAACAUACAUGAAUAGAGAGUUGAUGAAUUUAUUAUAUAAAGCUAUUUAUAAAAUUUACAUUUUAUUGUUAUAUUCUUUUUAUUAUCAAAUUAUAAAUUGUGUUAUAUAUAAAAAAAGAGUUGCAUUAUCCGUUAUUAUUUUAUAUGCGUAUGUUACGAUUAUAUUUUGUUACAGAAAAUAUUUGUAAACAUAUACGUAUGUGAGAAACUCAUCGUCAAAUGUUAAAUGUAGACAUAAGAUAAUUUGUUGGGAGUUUUCGUCAUAUUGAUUGACACAUUUUACUAGUCUUUACUAGUUCAGCUUAUGUAGACAAACGCAAUACGCUUUGAUCAAUGAACCAUAAUAUUCAAACAAAAUCAUGCUGUCCGCUUUUCGAAAACAGAGAUCGCAUAUCGCGUUCGACGCGACGCAAUCGAGCGUUAGCUUUUUACGUGUAACUAUGCAAUUUUCUACUCGUUGUCACCCAUUAAACGCAUUCACACAUGUACGUAAUAUAUACAUGAUAUCGUGAGUUAUACCAGCUGUGAGUUAUGUUACUAUUGUUUCUAAUCCUAAAAUAACAAACAGGCCUAUUCCUUCUGCGUUAAAUAAUCCAUUAGUUAACAGUGCCGCCAAAAUAAAAUAACAAAAUUCAUGUCGAUAUCAUUGGAUGCUUCCAAGAAUAUAUUUAUAUGGAAAGGAGUGAUUGAUAUAAAAUAUGGAGAGAAGGGGAAGGAAAUAUAUAUAAAUAGUAGGUAUUGCGUUUGAUACAGAACACAAAAUAUUAGUUUCUAAUAUUUUGAUUUUUUAUACGCAAUUCUUUAUUGACAAAAAUAAAACUCACUUGAUUCUAAAGUAAAUUUUUAAAUUGCAGAAAACUACUUCAUAUGUGCAAUCUUUUACGAUCGAUUGAAGUAAUUGAUGAAAAAAGAACUGUGUAUGAUCUAAGAUCUUUUUCUAAUUCAAACUGCGCAGUUUUCUGUAAAUACAUUAAUCACGAACUUUUACGUAAAUUAUUGUUCAUCGCUUUUUUUUCAUUACGUAUUGCUGAUGUAAUUUUAGUUUUAAUAAAUCAAGAGAGAAGUUAUAUAUGCAA